AUGGUCGAAAGGCUCAUUAACGUGGGUGUUGUCAAGUUUGAUGAGGUGCCUAGCGUAGGAAACCCAUUACCCAAUCAUACUGUUAAUGAGGUAAACGCGGUAGACGAAAAUAUGGGAAGAAGAGUUAGGUUGGAUAUAGCGGAGGUGAGAACCUCGAUGAGGGAGGUUCUAAAGAAGAUGGUAGAAAGAGGUCUAAUCAUACAAGACUUUGGGAGCAAGUCUCGAGAAGUGGGAAACUAUUGUGAGUUUCACGGUAAGGAAGACCAUGAGAUAGAAACAUGUAAUGAAUUCAGGGUCUUAGUUCAGGGUUUAAUGGACAACAAGGAGAUGGAGUUUUUCGAGUUCGCUAAGGAGAAACAUGUGCGCACCUUAGAGGAGGGGCUAAUAAAGAAGGUCUGUAAAGUCAAUCACCCAGUGGUGAUCAUUUCACGACCGAGAACAAAUGAAGCUGGAGUAAAAAUGACGCCAAAAGUGGUGAUUCAGAAACUGGCAGCUUUUCCUUACAAGGAUAACAAAAGGGGAAGGUUGGCCAGCAUACCAGAUACGGAAGUUGAGCCUGUAAAGGAGAAGUCUUUGAUGUCGAAACGAGGGGAGGGGAUAACAAAACCACUGGUUAAUAAGCCAGUAACAGCAGAUGAAGCUAAAAAAAUUUUGAAGUUUCUGAAACACAGUGAGUAUAGUGUUGUGGACCAGUUGCACAAACAGCCAACUCGCACCUCGAUACUAACUUUGCUUCAAAAUUCGGAGGCACACCGUAAUGCGUUGAUGAAGGUGUUGAAUGAAACCUAUGUUGCUGAAGACAUCUCGGUGAAAAAACUGGAUCGACUCGUCAACAAUAUUAGUGCUGAUAACUUUAUUUCUUUCAGCGAUGAUAAAAUACAGCCAGGUGGCAUGGGGUCCACCAAGGCUCUGCACAUCACUACCCGAUGCAAAGGGUAUACACUACCGAAGGUAUUGAUUGACAAUGGAUCGGCGCUAAAUGUCUUGCCCCUAUCUACAUUGAGCAGGUUACCCAUAGAUAGCUCUCAUAUAAAGACGUGUCAGAACAUAGUGAGAGCGUUCGAUGGCACCGAGAGGAAAGUAAUGGGUAAGAUUGAGAUUCCUCUUCUGAUCGGACCUAACACGUAUGAGGUAGACUUUCUCGUGAUGGACAUCAGGCCUUCUUAUAAUUGUUUAUUGGGGAGGCCUUGGAUUCAUUCAGCAGGAGCAAUACCAUCAUCAUUGCACCAGAGGCUAAAGCUAGUAAUGGAGGGUCGGCUAAUAACCGUAAACGUAGAGAAAGACAUUAUCGCAUCUGUCGCUAGUGAUACGCCAUACAUUGAGAGCGAUGAUGAAGCAAUUGAAUGUGAACGCAACUUUCAUCAUUAA